AUGGAGACGACAUCAAAAAUAUUCAGCUCCAAAGAGCUGAAAAAGGCGACGGAUAACUUGAACAAGAAUAGAGUGCUUGGACAGGGAGGUCAAGGCACGGUCUAUAAAGGCAUGUUGGUAGAUGGACGAAUCGUAGCUGUCAAAAAAUCUAACAAGAAGAAAGACAAAGUUGAGGAGUUCAUCAAUGAGGUUUCUGUUCUCUCGCAAAUUAAGCAUAGAAACAUUGUGAAGCUUAUGGGGUGCUGUCUCGAGACAGAGAUUCCAAUCUUGGUCUAUGAGUAUAUUUCAAAUGGAGACCUAUUCAAGCGGUUACAUGAUGAUUCGGAUGGCUACAUAAUGACUUGGGAAGUGCGUUUGCGGAUCGCUGUAGAGAUUGCAGGAGCACUUGCUUACUUGCAUUCGGCUGCAUCUACUCCGGUCUAUCACAGAGAUGUCAAGACCAGAAACAUACUUUUGGAUGACAAGUAUAGAGCCAAGCUGUCAGAUUUUGGUAUUUCGACAUCCAUAAACAUAGAUCAGACACACUUGACAACUAAUGUUGCCGGUACUUUUGGGUAUUUGGAUCCAGAGUACUUUCAAACUAGUCAGUUCACUGAUAAAAGUGAUGUUUCUUAG